GCAGGCUCCGCCCCUCCCGCUCGCCAGGCGCCGGGCGCUCGCCUCACAUCCGGGUCCCGCCGCCGCUGCCGCCGCUGCCGCCGCUGCCGCCGCUGCCGCCGCUGCCGCCGCCGCCCGGGCCUCGCUCAUUCAGCUUCGCGGGAGCUGAGAGAGUCCCGAUCAAGAUGGCGGCCGUGGGGCGAGCCGGCUCCUUCAGCUCCUCGCCGCCGGCCCUCGCCACCGCCAACGGUUUCGCCCCGGCCGGCUGCACGGGCGGCGGCGACAAGGCCGAGGACGACGAUGGACAGAACCUCUGGUCCUGCAUCCUCAGCGAGGUCUCCACCCGCUCCCGCUCCAAGCUCCCAUCGGGCAAGAACGUCUUACUGCUGGGUGAAGAUGGAGCUGGAAAAACAAGCUUGAUAGGGAGAAUCCAGGGAAGAACGGAGGAGUGCAAGAAGGGAAGAGGGGCGGAGUAUUUGUACUUGAGCGUUCAUGAUGAGGACAGAGAUGAUCAAACAAGAUGUAACGUGUGGAUCUUAGAUGGAGACUUGUAUCAUAAAGGCCUCCUUAAAUUUGCAAUGGAAGCCAACUCUCUGAGAGACACUUUAGUUAUUCUGGUUGUUGACAUGUCAAAGCCUUGGACUGCUUUGGAUUCUUUACAGAAAUGGGCAAGUGUGGUGAGAGAACAUAUUGAUAAGCUAAAAAUUCCUCCUGAGGAAAUGAAAGAAAUGGAACAGAAAUUGAUUAGAGAUUUCCAAGAAUACGUAGAGCCUGGAGAAGAUUUCCCAGCAUCUCCACAGAGAAGAAGCACAUUACAGGAAGACAGAGAUGAUAGUGUCAUGUUACCGCUGGGCGCAGACACGCUUACAUAUAACUUAGGCGUCCCAGUGCUUGUAGUUUGCACAAAGUGUGAUGCCAUUAGUGUGUUGGAAAAAGAACAUGAUUACAGAGAUGAACACUUUGACUUUAUUCAAUCACAUAUCCGGAAGUUUUGUUUACAGUAUGGUGCAGCACUUAUUUACACUUCAGUAAAGGAAAAUAAAAAUAUAGAUUUAGUAUAUAAGUACAUUGUUCAGAAAUUAUACGGAUUCCCUUUUAAGAUCCCUGCUGUUGUUGUGGAAAAAGACGCAGUAUUUAUUCCAGCAGGAUGGGACAAUGAUAAGAAAAUAGGAAUUUUACAUGAAAAUUUUCAAACAUUAAAAGCAGAAGAUAGUUUUGAAGAUAUUAUAACCAAACCACCUGUCCGAAAGGUUGUUCAUGAGAAGGAAAUUGUAGCAGAAGAUGAUCAAGUAUUUCUUAUGAAGCAACAGUCCCAGUUAGCAAAGCAACCACCGACAGCAGCCGGAAGGCCAGUGGAUUCCUCUCCACGAGUUCCUGGCGGUUCCCCUCGAACACCUAAUAGAUCAGUGUCAUCCAAUGUGGCCAGUGUGUCGCCCAUCCCUGCUGGGUCAAAAAAAAUUGAUCCAAAUAUGAAAGCCGGAGCUACAAGUGAAGGUGUCCUCGCUAAUUUCUUCAAUAGUUUGCUGAGUAAAAAAACAGGCUCACCUGGGGGCCCUGGCGUUGGUAGCAGCAGCCCUGGAGGUGGUGGGGGUGGUGGCAGCAGCAGCAAUUUACCACCGUCAGCAAAAAAGUCAGGCCAGAAACCUGUCUUGACAGAUGUUCAGGCAGAAUUGGACAGAAUUUCACGAAAACCUGAUAUGGUUUCUCCUACAACACCGUCUCCAACAGAAGGUGAAGCAUCUUGAAGAUACCAAAUAAAGCCAUUUAUUCAGUUUUCUGAGAUAAUGUAAACUUGCCUCUGCCUUUUCCUUCAAAAGUGGAAUUAGGGAGCUGAAACAUUUUUUUCAGAAGGAUAAAAUUGAUGUCUUUUUUGUUUCCCAAUCUUACAAAAAGGGAACUGUACAAAUGGAAAAUUAAACUACACUAUGUCGGACUGCUGUUUGCAUUGCCACUUUGCAUAAUGAAGUAAUUUUGAGAUUUUGAACACUCAAAAUAAUUUCUAAAACUGCAAUCUGUCCAUUUGAUCUUAUUCUAAACACCAUUUUGGGUUUUUUUUUUUAAUGGGAGGGUUUGGGGAUGGGUGGUAAGCAAUAUGCAACAUGGGCACCGGAUUGACUUGGAAAUCCCUGUCUGUUUUAGAGUUAGGGCUGUUAAGAUGGUAAAUGAAUUAACCUGUUAGUUUUCUUGGAAGACAGAUGGUGAUCAUUUGUUCACUCUUGUGUCCACCAACAUGAAUGAAUUCAAAAUCUUUUUACUGCCACGUGUGGAAUGUGCUCACCAAGCUACUGGAUCUCAUCUGGGCCACUAGGCCUCUUGAAAGUUGUGGGGCAGUGUCCUCUCCCAAGUAGAUGGCCUAGAGAAAUGUUGGCCGAGUUUGAUUUAAUGAACUAGCAGAAGAAGACAGCCCCCUGCCUAAAUAUAUAACAAAGAAAAAUGCAGAGGUUAUCCAAAUGAAAAGAAAAACUAUCUCCAUAUUUGUUUCUCUAUGGCCCAGCCUUAAUACUGCCCUUUAUGUUUUCCCUAUUACCAUGAUGGUUUUAAUGAUCAGUCUUUUAAACUGUAAUCAGUUAAUAAAGUAUUUAUUCUCUGCAUUCAGAUUUAAAUAAUUCAUUGCAUUCUCUUAUGUUUAAAUUUCUAUUUGUUAACAAAAGAUAAGAUCUGCUAGUAUUUUUAUGUUUGACUCAGUAGGAUUACUAAUCAUACUGAUAAUUCCCAUGUUUUCAUCCAAAUUUUCUUAAGACAAAACUGGUUAAGUUUACUUCAGCUUCCUUGAUUUUGUAUACCAAGGAACUAUGAGGAAUAGUGGGUGGUUUACUUGCUUCCCUAAGGAUGGAAAAUUUCCACAUUCUGAAACUUUCUGUAGUAGUCAGCCUCAUUAAUGGCAGAGGCUGCUGUUUAGCAUUUGGUCAAUAUGCUCAUGGUGAACGGCUCCUUUCCAAGUCAACACUUGCAUCAUUUCCCUAGUAAUAGAUUUUCAAUAGCUGGGAUUUUAGAACCUAACUACAAUACCAGUAAAUUAGAGGAUAUUUUCAUUGAUCAAUUGAUGAAUACAGCCAUGUUGGACCAACUUAAGCCAAUUAGGUUAUUUUUUCAAAAAUGUUUCCUUUUAAAUGACACCUCAUUUUUUUUUAAACUUUGAAGAUAUAUUCUAUAUUCCAAAGAUAUUGUUUAGAAGUCCCUGAAGCAUUAAAGAAAAGUCAUCUUUCAGGAGGUCUUUCAAGAUCAAUUUAGUUACAGAAAAAGCAUUUGGUUUACUGUACCUCUGCCCCUGAACAUAAAUACUGAAGGUGCAUGAGAAGAAGAGAAACUUCAUAGCCUCCUCCAAAAGGGAGUACUUGGGGGAGGAAAGGAUGUUCCUUCACACUGAAAAGUUGUGAAUUUGAAAAAAACAUUAAAACAUGCUUGAGCUAAGUAAAACAUACCAUUGACAAAAGAAUAAAUAUUCAGCUCGGUAUAUGAUUAUGCAAAUAUGUUGUAAUGAUACCAAUUUUUCUAGACUAUUACUUGACACUAAUACAGAAUGCCAUGGAGUAACUGGGAAGACUAAUAAAAUGGGUGCUCAGUCUGCCUCUCUGUAUACUUUGAAUAUCUGCUUCUGUGUUUGCAUGCACAGGAUAAUGACCUGUUUCCUAUGGGGCAUGGAGAGGUACCAGGAAACCCUAUGUGCUAUCUGGCAUCGCCAAUGCUGGCUACUGUAGAGCAGAGGUGUCAGACGCUGUCCUGAACCAGGUUGAAAUGUAAUUGGGACGUACUUUAUAAAAUAAAAAUACAGUAGAACGUAGAUAAUAUUAACAUGUGGUUUUCUAAAUAUGCAGCCUGCAAAAAUCCUUAUAUAAUAAGGUUAGUGGCCCCGUUUUUAUUUGAAUUUGACACCACUGUUCUAGAAGUUUCAGGCAUACUAAUCCCAGCUUCUUACCUUUGCAUGUCUGGGUGCUAAAACUAUUUUUGUACUGAUUAAUGUUUGCAGGAAGGCACUUUGUUUUUGAACAUCUCAGUUGUCCAUCCAAACCUUCAGAUACCACAUUUUGAGGCCCUUUGUGAGACUGGACAAAUGGUGCAUAUAUUAAAAAAGUGCUCGUUA